ACCAAAAACAAGGCAAUUUUAGCGAUCCUGCAUUCCCCGCACCAACACGGAACGAGUGCCUCCUCGAGGCGCGCUGGCACAUUCAGGGAGCGCGACUCGUCCACCGCCGUGCCAUCAGGGCUGCUGCCAGCGCGAGAGCUGAACUUUAACCGUUGCAUCCAGCUGCCCGAUCUGAUGUCUGCCUCCCUUUUUCCACAUGAGCCCUUUUUUUUUUCCCUUUCUAUUUUAGCGUGUCUGUCGUUGAGUCUCGUGCGCCCUGCUGCUACUUGGGGCAGGCGGGGAAGCUCCAGCAAGCCAAAACCUGUCCCGUGAUCACCAUCGGCUUGUCGACGUAGGCUGGUCCCUCCCGUCCAUCCCAUAUUGUUUUUUUUUCUCGGCUGCAGCCGACAGCCGCAUACGCUUGCCUUCCCGUGACACGUCUGCCGAAACGCAGCCGCAUCAUGUCCGGAUACGGCCUCAGGCCUCGGCGCAGGACCGUCCUUGUGGCCCUGCUGGUGGCGGCCGCCAUGGUCUACACGCUGCUGGCCUGGAGGCCGCCGCCGUCCGACGACUUCCUCAGGCUGCAGCGGUUCAUGAACCCGCCGGGCUCGCGGGACGCGGUGCGCGCCGUCAAGAGCAGCUUUGACUGGUCCGCCGUCAAGCACGAGUUCCCGCCGGCAGACGGCGCCGCGCCGUCGGCCGACGCCGCCGGCAAGAGCGCGCAGGGCAGCAAAAGGCACCGCAUCCAGCAUCAUUUCGGGCGCGAGACGGCCCGGGCGGCGCUCGAGCGCGCGUCCAGGCGCGACGCCGUGCGCGCCGAGUUCGUCCGCUGCUGGCGCGCCUACCGCGAGCACGCGUGGAUGAAGGAUGCGCUGCUGCCCAUCGCGGGCGGCUACAAGGACCAGUUCUCGGGCUGGGCCGCCACGCUCGUCGACUCGCUCGACACGCUGUGGAUCAUGGGCCUGCGGGCCGAGUUUGACGAGGCCGUCGAGGCCGUGGCGGGCAUCGACUUUGGCACGUCGGCUGGGGACAGGGUCAACACGUUCGAGACUAAUAUUCGUUACCUGGGCGGCCUAAUGGGCGCAUACGACCUCAGCGGCCGCGAGGCGCUGCUAACCAAGGCCGUCGAGCUCGGCGACUUUUUGUACGGCGCCUUUAAUACCGAAAAUCGUAUGCCCGUCGACUUUAUCGACCUGCCGCGCGCCAAAACGGGCGAGCGCCUUUUUGUCGAGGACAGCGUCGUGUCGGCGUCGCCCGGCACGCUAGCGCUGGAAAUGACGCGCUUGUCGCAGCUCACGGGUCACGCCAAAUACAAGGACGCGGCGAUGCGCGUCAUGCGCGUCUUCCACGCCGGCCAGAACCGCACCCGCAUCCCCGGCCUGUGGCCCAUCAUGGUGUCGAUGAAGACGCAGGACGUGACGGGCGGCGACGCCUUCACGCUCGGCGGCAGCGCCGACUCGCUGUACGAGUACCUCGUCAAGAUGGCCGUGCUGGCCGACGGGCGCGACGCCAUGUUCAACGAGCUGUCGACCCGCUUCAUGCGCGCGGCCGAGGACCACCUCUUCUUCCGCCCCAUGCUGCCCGACGGCGCCGACGUGCUCAUCUCGGGCAACGCAAACUACGACGGGGCGGCCGGCCGCGCCGUCCUGGACCCGGAGACGGAGCACCUCGCCUGUUUUGUCGGUGGCGUCUUCGCGCUCGCGGGCCGCCUGUACGACACCCCCGCCGACGUGGCCACGGGCGCGCGCCUGACCCGCGGCUGCGUGCACGCGUACCGGUCCAUGGCCAGCGGCAUGGGCCCGGAGCGGUGGAACCUGGCGCCUUGCCGGGGCGACCACUCGGUCCGGGCCGCUGACUGCCCCUGGGACGAGGCGCACUGGGAGGCCGAGAAGGCCAAGCGGCCCGAGUGGCGGCCGAACCUGCCCAAGGGGUACACGACGGCCAAGGACCCGCGCUACAUCCUGCGGCCCGAGGCCAUCGAGAGCGUCUUUGUGCUGUGGCGCGUCACGGGCGACGAGUGGUAUCGCGACGCCGCUUGGGACAUGUUUAGGGCCGUCAGCAAGGGGACGCGCACGCCCAUCGCAAACGCUGCGAACCUUGACGUCACGCUGGGCGGGGUGCCGGUGCAGGAGGACUACAUGGAGAGCUUCUGGCUUGCCGAGACGCUCAAGUACUUCUACCUCACCUUCUCGUCCCCAGACCUGGUGAGCCUGGACGACUUUGUCCUCAACACCGAGGCCCAUCCUUUCCGGCGCAGCUCGGGCUAGUGAGGGCUGGUCCGACGGCCGGGCGGGAUUUUCGUGUAAAUAGUUUCUUAUUUAGGUAGAGCACACAAUCGCAUAUGAUCUGUAAAUCCCGCUGUCGCUCCCGA